UGUGUAUAGAGUAUCGUAACGUUGCAAGAGGCAAAAGCCGCGUAGAGUUAAACCUAUUUGAACAGUUUUAGAUUCACAAUCGUGAGAGACGUAUCGACGCACGUAGUAAAUCUUUAGCUGCGCUGCUGUGUGCCACUGUAACGAAGUUAUACAAUACCAGAGAAACAACAUAGAUACAGAGCGAGAUUAAGAGAGAGAUAUAUUUUAUAUGCAGCAAAUUAAAGAGAGAGAGAACAUUACUAAGAGAGAUUUAAUUACGAAACUAUCAAAGACUAAUUAUAAGAAUAUUACAGAAGAAACAAAAAAAUAAAAACAAAUACCUCGCCACUGCAAAACUUGAAGACAUUUACCUAGAAAAAGAAGAAGCGGAAAGACCAAAAAUACUAUUUGAAUCAGAAAAUCAUCAACAAGGCACGACGACGGCUGUGAAUACCGUCUGAUGUUUCAUUAUUAAUGUUUACGAAAAAUUCCCACAACACAUUUAAAAAACACAUACAAAAGUAGCAGUAACAUUACAAUACCCUUCACGUUUUUGUUUUUGAAGGGUUUACGAUUAUUUUAUUAAUAUUUUUGUGACCAAAAACCGUGAUACUAAAUAACUAACUCAGCAUGGGAGUGGCUGAGGAUUUCGCUCCCAGCUUCGUGAAGAAGCCACAAUUGCGGCAAGAAGACGAUGGCAAUCGUUUGAUAUUUGAGUGUCAAUUAUUGUCCUCACCAAAACCAGAUAUUGAGUGGUAUCGCAGCGAUAACUUAGUAAUAGAGGAUGAGCGUACAAAAUUCAAAAUUCAACCAAUUGGUGAUAACAAAUUUACUGUAGUAUUAGAGCUCGAUGAUGUCAUCGAAACAGAUGCCGGUCUUUACAAAGUAAAGGCUAAAAACAAAUCGGGCGAAGUUUCAGCCUCAAUUAAUCUAAAUUUCACACCUGCCGAUGAACCAAAAGAAAAGCAAAUAGAUGGAUUCGCGCCGACAUUCGCGAAAAAGCCUUCAAUUCGACAAGAAGAUGAUGGCAAGCGUCUACUCUUCGAAUGUCGGGUAAAUGCAGAUCCCAAACCCACAAUUACCUGGUUCCACAAUGGCACAGUAGUCAAAGAAUCCCCCCGUCACAAGAUAAGUAUUGAUAAGGAUGGUAACUCAUAUUUUGCAACACUCGAAGUUAAAAACGUAACGGUUGAGGAUGCCGGUAAAUAUAAAGUGAAUGGCAAAAAUGAGCUGGGUGAAAGUAAUGCUACAAUUAGCUUAAAUUUCGACAGCGAUGAAGCUCCAGUACCUGAAGAUGGCAUUAAACCAACAUUUACCGAACGACCAGUUAUACGACAAAGCGAAGAUGGUGGCAAUGUAACAUUCGAAUGCAGAUGCGUUGGUGAUCCCAAGCCAGGAGUUACGUGGUACCACGCUCAGGAUGAAUUAAAAGAGGGAGGCCGUUACAAAAUGUCUUUGACGUUGGAUCAGAAAUUAUAUCACAUGGCUUGCUUGGAAAUAACAAAUGUUGUAUCAAGCGAUCAAGGUGAAUACCAGGUUAAGGCCAAAAAUAAACACGGCGAGGGUGUAUCCACGAUUAAUUUAAACUUCGAAGGCGGUUCUAAAAAAAUACCGGAUGGCAAAUCACCGCGCUUUCCCAAGAAACCAACAAUCCGACAAGAGGAAGAUAUUUUAAUCAUGGAAUGCAUAUUAGAGGCACAUCCGGUGCCAGAUAUAACCUGGUAUCGUGGCGAUGAUAAAAUCGAUAAUUCAUCAAGGAUAAAAAUGUCACGCAAAGCCACUUCGAAGGACAGCUAUAUUUUGACUUUGGAAAUACAGAAUCCGACCAAGGAAGAUGGCGGCAAUUAUCGUUGCAAUGCAUUUAACAUGUAUGGCGAGAGCAAUGCCAAUAUUGUGCUCAACUUCCAAGGCGCUAACGAUGCAAAUGGAUUUGCACCAUCAUUUAUCGAAAAACCACGAAUUAUACCAAACGACUCUGGUACACUAAUUACGAUGAAGUGCCGAUGCAAGGCCAAACCCGAACCAACUGUUACUUGGUACAGAGGUCAGGAAGUAGUCAACAAAUCAAAUAAAAUUAAGAUUAAAACGACUGUGAUUGCCGAAGACACCUACGAGUUGACUUUGGAAAUCAAGGAUCCCGGAGCAUCUGACGGUGGCACCUAUAGAUGUAACGUUCAAAACGAAUACGGCGAAUCAAACGCCAAUCUCAAUUUAAAUAUCGAGGCGGAACCAGAACCGGAAGGUGAAGGACCAACGUUUGUCGAAAAGCCACGCAUUGUUUCCGAAAACAAUGGAAAACUGGUUAUCAUGGAAUGUAAGGUUAAAGCCGAUCCCAAGCCAGAUAUCGUGUGGUAUCGCAAUGGCGAAGUGGUCAAAGAAAGUAAUAAGAUUAAAAUGUCCAUGGAACAGCGUGGUGACCAGUAUUACAUUAAACUCGAACUAAUUGAUCCACAAUUGGAAGAUUCCGGCCUAUAUAAAUGUAAUAUAAAGAACAUUUUGGGCGAACUCAAUGCCAACCUUACACUUAAUAUUGAAAUUGUACCUGUUAUCAAAGACAAGCCCAAGAUUAUUAAAAUUAUUAAGAAACGCACUGUUGUUAUUGAGUGUACAGUGGCUUCCAAAUUCGAACCGAAAUGUACAUGGUUUAAGGAGACUAAUGAAGUGAAACAAAGCAGUCGCCAUGUAUAUUUGGUAGAGAAGACCAAAGAGGGAGAGUUCGCCGUCAAAUUGGAAAUUAACGAAGUCGAAGAAACUGAUAAGGGUGCAUAUAAAUUAAUUGCCAGCAACGAGAAGGGUGAAGCUGUCUCUCAGAUCGUCAAUUUAGUUGACAUACCCGAGGAAGAACGCAAGCCCACUAAACCAGAAAUAACACGCAAACUUACCGAUCAAAAGGUAGUCGAAGGCAAAACAUUCGAACUGUUGAUAAGUCUCAAGCAAUCCGAUCGCAAAUGCAAAAUCGAAUGGUAUAAAGGAACCACUGUGGUUAAGGAGACUAAAGAAAUUACCACAACUUUCGAUGGUACCACUGCCCGUUUGACAUUAAGCUCCGCUCGCAUGGAGCACAGUUCGACUUAUAAGGUGGUCGUUAUUAAUGAGGCCGGCAAAGAUGAAUCCACUUGCAAGAUUGUGGUCGAAAAGAAGCAAGACAAGAAGAAACAGGAGGAAGAAGCUGCUGAAGUAAAACGCAAGGAAGAGGAGGAGAAGGAAGCAGAAAAAGCUAAGGCCGAAGAAAAAGAAAAGCAGCAAAAGGCCGAGGAAGAAAUAAAACAAAAGAAGGCCGAGGAAGAAAUGAAACAAAAGAAGGCCGAGGAAGAAAUGAAAACUAGGAAGGCCGAAGAAGAAAAGAAGAAGGCUGUAGAAGAAAAGAAGAAGGCCGACGAAGAAAAGAAGAAGGCCGACAAAGAAAAGAAGGCUGACGAAGAAACUAAAAUUAAGAAGAGCGAGGAAGAGAAAAAGAAGAAAAAAGCUGUGGAAGAUGAGAAGAAAAAGGCCGAUGUAGAAACGAAAAAACCAGAAGAAGAGAAGAAUAAACCUGAAGAAGAGGAAAAGGUCGUAGUGGCUAAGAAAAAACCGAAUGAAAAGAAAAAGAAUGCCAGUAAACCAGAAGAUCUGGUUGAUGGUACUGAAAACAACAACAUUCCUGAAGAGAAAGAACUCUUUGAGCAAAUCGGACUUAAAAAGACAGAGCAACGGGUACAACAGCGCAAGACAAGUGUUUCAUCUGUACAAGAGGAAACUAAAGAGUCCCGUCGCAAGUCUACAAUAAGUACCUAUGAUGAAUCUACAGUGUCAUCCCGUCGAUCAUCUAUAGCGAUUGAAGAAACCAAGACUGAAUCUCGCCGCUCUUCUGUCAUUGACAAGAAAGCCCUCGAGCAAGCUGAAAAUAAGACCAUACAGGCUAAUAAAGCACCUCAAGAGAUUAAAGAAGAAAUUCCUAAACUUAAACCCGCCGAAAAAAGACGAGUUUCGAAGGUUAUUGAGGAGCCUAAACCAGCUGAGGAAUUGCCUAAAUUGCGCAAGACUUCGGUGGCUCAACCAAAGGAAGAACCCAAGCCAGAACCAGCUAAGCCUAAAGCAAAGGCUAAGCCAAAGCAAAAAUCGAAAUAUGAAGAGCUACCCGAAAUUCCCGAUUACGAAAGACCCGUAUUGGAGAAAUUCGAAAAACCCGAAUUUGAGGUUAGUGACUUCAAUCGCCAAUUGGAAAUUCCCAAUAAAAUGGAAAAGCCCGUUUUUGAUACACCUAAGCCAGAGCCUCAGCAGGCUGAACAAAAGAAUGGCCUACCCAAGAAAGAAGCCGCUGUCGAAAAAGCUGCUGAGGAGCCUAAAGGCUUCAAAGUUGGAAAAGGUAAAAUUCCCGAACAGACUAACGACAAGGAUUCUGCCAAUUUGCGUCCUGUUAUUAUUGAACCAGAGAAAAAGACUGCAGAAGUUGCUGUCGAAAAACCAGCCGAGAACAUUAAUAAUGACAAACGUCAAUCGAUAUCGGAGCUUAUUAAACAGAGGCGUCGUUCAUCUGUACGUCCUACAAUGACCAAAGAGCUCAUACAGAAAGAAAGUUUUCUGGGUGUUAUCCUUAAGCCAGUCGUCCGAGACCAAAAGGACUGUGAAGCUCCUCAACAAGCCAAACAAUUGUUGAAGGAAUCUGUCCAAGUGGAAUUUAAUCCAACCAAAGCCUCAAAGGCUCAAUUAUCGAACAUGAAGAAACCUGAAGGUUUGCCAGAAAUUAUGGACAAUUACCAACGUCCAGUGCUAGAAACAUACGAAAAACCCGAAUUUGAAAAAUCACAAAAAAAUAAAUCGGUACCUGAAAUAAAAGCUCCCGAAAUUAAAACACCCGAAGACAGAAAAAUAAACAAUGAUGACAAUAAAUCGCCCCAUAUUAAAAUUCCCACUGAACACGGGUCUAAGGACGAUAAACCGAAAAUCCCCAAGGUGCAGCCACCAGCACCAGGAGAGCCACCUAAAAUUGAAGUCAUACGUGAGAAGAGACCUUCAUUGGCUCCUGAACCACAAAGUCGACGAGGUUCAUUGGUACCGCCCGAAACUGGUCGUAGACCUUCAUUAAUCAUUAACGAUGAGAAGAAACUACGUCCAGGUGAAGUUAUGGAUACAAGGUUAUUGAGACCUGGAGAAGUUGGUGACGGACAGAGACGUAGAACUUCAAUCGAUGUACGUCGACCGAGUGUUCAGGAUCUUGAGGAUCUUAUCAAUAAGCCAUCAACCCCGUUGCGCGAUAUCGGCGAUGGCGGACCACCCACAAUUAUCGAUGUUCAAGAAUCAUAUUCGGUUGUUGAAGAUUCGACUGCCUACAUGACCGUAGGAAUAGAAGGUAAUCCAGCACCAUCGUUUAAAUUCUACAAAGGUAUUAGUGAAAUUCUCGAAGGUGGUCGGUUUAAAUUUUUGACCGAUGGUCAAACAAAUACCAUAACAUUAUGUAUGCGUAAGUGUAAGCCUAACGAUGAGGGAAAAUAUAAAGUUGUGGUCUCGAAUAUACAUGGCGAGGAUUCAGCCGAAAUGCAAUUAUUUGUAUCAGAUUCAAGCGGCAUGGAUUUCCGUGCCAUGUUAAAGAAACGUCGUUAUCAAAAAUGGGACAAAGAUCAAGAAGAUCCCAAUUGGGGUGACCUUAAAGAAACGGAGAAACCAAUGCCUGCUCUUAAGAAAGUUGAAAGGGCACCUACAUCACGUAGACCAUCACUUGCUGAAUUGAUACCAGAUUGGCCAACAUUGCACCCAUUUCGACGAGAAGAGAAACAAGAGUCGUUCUUAAGUCCAUUGAUUGAUCAGUUCGCUAAGGAAGGCAAAGACAAGAAGGUUGUUUUUGAAGCACGUUUCAGCAAGCCCAACUGCAAACCUAAAUGGUUGUUCCGCAAGGAUGAAUGCUUCCCGGGCAGUAAAUUCAAAUUCAAGAAUGAAAACGAUACAUAUCAAUUGAUCAUAUCGACACCCAAGGUAGAAGAUACAGGCAAGUAUACGAUAGAAAUUGGCGGUGUUUCAAGUACGGCCUUCCUUAAUGUGGAAGAAGCUGAUCCCAGCUACACAUUCACUAAACAGCUGAAAAAGAAACUUGAGGGUUACACCGAGCACGAAACAACGCUGGAAUGUUCGGUCAGCAGCAGCAUGGCCAAUGUGUCAUGGUUUAAGGAUGGAAAAAAGAUCGAAUCGGAUGAUACUCGUUAUCUUAUCUCGAAAGAUAUCAAUGGUAAUCUGAAACUCAUCAUUAAGGACUCGCUGUUGGAAGACACGGGCAAUUAUACAUGUCAAUUGGAUAAGCAACCGGACAAGACCGAAUGUAAACUCAAGAUUGUUGAGUAUCCGUACAAAUUCGUGAAGGUAUUGAAGUCACAGCAAUGCAUCGAAAAGGAUACGGUCACCUUGGCCUGUGAAAUAGAUGAUGCUCAAGGUGAAGUGAAAUGGUGGCGCAACGACGAAGAAAUCAAACCAGACAAGCGUAUACAAGUGGUUAAAGAUGGUCGCAAACGUAAGCUUAUACUUAAGGAUUGCAAAGUCACUGAUGCCGGUAUGUAUAAAUGUACCACGAAUGCCGAUAAAACCGAAGCGGAAAUCAUCAUUAACUAUCAAAAUCGUUUCAACAAGAAACUCAAGGAUACCGAUGCUGUGGAGCGUGAGAAAUUGGUUCUCGAUGUUGAACUACAAGAUCAAACAGCACCAUGUGAUUGGAAAUUCAAUGGCGAACCCAUUGUGCCCAGUGAUCGCAUUGAGAUCAAAAAUUUGGGUGGUGGAAAACAUCAGCUCAUCUUCAAUCAUCUAGAACUCAGUGACGCUGGUGAAAUCACUUGUGAAUCUGGUCAACUAACAUCCAGCUGUAAGCUGUCGGUACGUAAAGGUGAAAGCAAGCCUAACAUCGACUGUCCCGAUGAGUUUGCUGGCCCAAUUAGUGCACCAGUUGUACUUGAAGUACCAUACAAAGUUAACGGUACGAAACAGACACCGGUUGAGGCUAAACUUUUGAAAAAUGGCAAACCUUUGGCGGUUAAAGAUGUAGAAGUGGCCAUCACAGAUGAUAAAAUUACAUUCAAAAUUAAGAAACCCACCCGUGAUAUGUCUGGUCCCUAUCAAAUCAAACUAUCGAACGGUCAAGGUGACGAUGUAAAGGAUGUCAAUGUAAUUUGCCAAGAUGUUCCCCAGCCUCCGCGCGAUGUUGAUGUCACCGAUAUAUUCCAAACAUCAUGCAAGGUCGUUUUCAAGACACCUGAGGAUGAUGGUGGUUCACCUAUUGUGAAGUAUAUUGUUGAAAGGCAAGACUUGAGUAAGAAACAGGGAUGGGAACCUAUAGCCGAAGUAAUGCAGGGUGAACCGUGCUCGAAGAGCAUCGAAGACUUGGUACCGAAAAAACAAUACAGAUUCCGUAUUCGUGCUGUCAAUAAGAUCGGUCCUUCUGAUCCAGCUACCUUUAAGAACACUAUUCUAGCCAAGGACCCAUGGGAUGAGCCUGGCAAACCCAAGGAUGUAGACUUAACUGACUGGGAUAAAGAUCAUGCCGAUCUCAAAUGGGAGGCUCCCGAAAGCGAUGGUGGCGAUCCAAUUACAUCGUAUAUUAUUGAGUACAAAGAGAAGUUCUCAAACGAUUGGGUUGCUGGCAAAGAAGUGCCCGGCGAUGCUCGCGCUGGCACUGUAGAUGGUCUCAAAGAAGGACAACAGUACGAAUUCCGAGUCCGUGCUGUCAAUAGGGCCGGUCCAGGUGAACCCAGUGACAAGACUAAGGCAAUUAUCGCGAAAUGUCGUUUUGUCAAGCCUUUCAUUGUGGGCGAUGUCCUCAAGAAUAUCACUGUAAAGAAGGGACAAACAGUACGCUACGACAUCAAAUACGAUGGUGAACCGGAACCGACAGCUACUUGGUUCAAGGGUGACAAGGAAGUCGUUUUUGACAAUCAACGUGUAUGUUUGGACCAAAUGGAAAGAAACUCUUCGAUUACCAUUAAAAAAGCUGUACGCAAAGAUACCAGCAAAUACAAAUUGGUUUUAUCUAACAGUUCUGGCACCAUUGAAUCAGAAGCACAAGUUAUCGUUUUAGAUCGUCCUCUAGCCCCAGGUGGACCAUUUGAAGCAGAAGAAGUACGCGCAGAUCACAUUAAGAUGAAAUGGCGACGCCCUGAAGAUGAUGGUGGUUGUGAAAUCACCGGAUACGCCUUGGAACGUAUGGAUGAGGAGACUGGACGUUGGAUACCUGCUGGUGAAGUGGGCCCUGAUGAGACCUCAUUCAAUUUCAAGGGACUUAGUCCUGGCAAAAAAUACAAAUUCCGCGUUAAAGCCAUCAACAAGGAAGGUGAAUCAGAACCUUUGGAAACAACUGAUGCCAUUUUAGCCAAGAAUCCCUACGAUCCACCUAGUUCACCUGGCAAACCCGUCAUAGAUGACUACGAUAACAAGAGUGUUACCCUAAAGUGGAAAAUACCACCAUCCGAUGGUGGCCGACCCAUUUUACAUUAUGUCAUAGAACAAAAGGAUAAAUUUUCACCCACUUGGACGGAGGUGGCUAAAACCGAAGACGCUUCGCCCACCUGCAAAGUAGAGGGCUUGAAAGAGAAAAUGGUUUACCAGUUCCGUGUGCGUGCUGUAAACAAAGCAGGACCCUCUGAACCAUCCGAACCCACAGAUAACCAUUUAUGUAAACACAAGAACCUAAAACCACAAAUUGAUCGGUCAACAUUCAAGCGUGUCACAAUCAAGACUGGACGCACCCAUAAAUGGUCUGUGGAUGUCAUUGGUGAGCCAAUUCCAACCCUAAACUGGAGUUGGCGAGAUAACAUCCCACUGACCACUGGCGAUCGCAUUAAGAUUGAAAAUGUCGAUUAUCAUACCGAUUUUACCAUCACGAAUGUGGUGCGCAAGGAUACUGGUAUGUAUACAUUGAAGGCGGAAAAUCGUAAUGGUAUAGAUACGGAAACGGUAGAACUAUUGGUUUUGGGCAAACCCACAUCGCCUAAGGGCCCACUGGCCGUCAGCGAUGUUACAGCCACUGGCUGCAAAUUACAAUGGAAGAAACCCGAAGAUGACGGUGGAGUCCCAAUUAAGGAGUAUGUUGUGGAGAAAAUGGAUACAGCCACAGGCAAGUGGGUGCGCGUCGGUCGUUCUCCUGGUGAGAAAGAACCUCCCAGUUUUGAUGUGACCGGCCUGAAUCCGGGCUCCGAAUACAUGUUCCGCGUGUCCGCAGUCAACGAGGAGGGUGAAUCCGAACCACUUACUACUUUGGUGGGUGUCGUCGCUAAGGAUCCUUACGAUGAACCCAAUAAGCCAGGUACCCCUGAGGUAACCGACUACGAUAACCAGAGUGUAUCGCUUAAAUGGACAGCGCCCAACAAUGACGGCGGUGCUCCAAUUGAGAAGUACAUUAUAGAAAAGAAGGACAAAAAUAAGCCGGACUGGGAGAAAGCUAUUGAGGUGCCUGGUAACCAGUUAGAGGCAACCGUAGCCGGUCUCCAAGAAUAUGGAGAAUAUCAAUUCCGUGUUGUGGCAGUUAAUAAAGCCGGACCCUCAGCACCAUCAGACGCCAGUAAAAUGCAAAUUGUUAAAUACAAGAAACUUAAGCCCCGCAUUGAUCGCACAAAUCUUAAACCACUGCUCAUUCGUGCUGGAAAACCUAUUAAAUAUGAUGUUAAUGUGCGCGGUGAACCUGCUCCCACUAUCACAUGGUACCAGAACGACAAGGAGUUGAAGCCUGAGGAAGUGCCCAGCAAUUGCGAAAUCAAAAAUGUACCUUACAAUACCAAGAUCUCUAUUAUUGAUGCGGUACGUCAACAUACCGGUAUAUACAAAAUACGAGCAGUCAACGAGCAUGGCGAGGAUGAAGCGACGGUAGAGGUUAAUGUUUUGGGAGCUCCCGGCAAACCAAAGGGACCUUUGGAAGUCAGUAACGUUACCAAAGACAGUUGCAAACUCAAGUGGAAGAAGCCGGAUGAUGAUGGCGGCAAGCCCAUAACCGCCUAUCAAGUUGAGAAGUUCGAUAAGAAGCAAGGUCGUUGGGUACCAGUCGGUCGCACCUCUGGCAAUGAUACCGAAAUCGAUGUCAAAGGCCUUCAAGAAGGCCACGAAUAUCAAUUCCGGGUCAAGGCCAUCAACGAGGAAGGUGAAUCGGAACCUUUGGAGACCGAUGGUAGCAUCAUUGCUAAGAAUCCAUAUGAUGCUGCUAGCAAACCUGGUACACCCAAGAUCGAUGACUAUAACGAACAUAUGGUUAAACUUGUCUGGGAGCCACCCAAAGAUAAUGGUGGGGCACCAAUCACAGGCUAUAUUAUAGAAAAGAAGGAUAAAUAUUCCCCACUGUGGGAUGAAGUACUAACAACUGACAGCCCACUUCCUGAGGCCACAGUUGAAGGUUUGACUGAAGGCAACGUUUAUCAGUUCCGUGUUAGGGCUGUCAACAAAGCUGGUCCUAGCGAGCCUAGUGACGCAACUGAACCACAUCUUGCGAAGCCCAGAAAUUUGAAGCCUAGUAUUAACCGUGAGAAAAUGAAACCAAUCAAGUUGCGAGCAGGUCAAACUGUUAAAUUCGAUGUUGAUGUUAAGGGUGAGCCUGCGCCUACGUUAACUUGGUUCUUUAAGGAACAAGACUUAAUACCCACUGGACAAUCUCGCAUUGAAAAUGAAGACUAUAAUACAAAGCUUACUAUCGUGGACAGUAGCCGCAAGGAUUCCGGUAUUUAUAAGCUAAAGGCGGAGAAUAUCAAUGGUGUCGAUGAAGCUGAAGUGGAAGUUAUAAUCUUGGACAAGCCUUCUAAGCCAGAAGGACCUUUAGAGGUUAGCGAUGUACAUAAGGAAGGUUGCAAACUUAAGUGGAAGAAACCCAAAGAUGAUGGUGGUGUACCACUUACCGGUUAUGUAAUCGAAAAAUUGGACACCGCUGUUGGUCGAUGGGUACCAGCAGGCACAGUUGAUCCAGAAAAGACUGAACAAGAGAUUAAAGGCUUAGAACCCAAUCACCGCUACCAAUUCCGCGUGAAAGCGGUUAAUGAAGAAGGCGAAUCGGAUCCAUUAGAAACAGAUUCGGCCAUAGUUGCCAAGAAUCCAUUCGAUGUGGCUGCACCACCUGGUUUACCGGAAUUCGAAGACUGGGAUGAACACCAUGUUAAGCUAAAGUGGGAACCACCCAUUCGUGAUGGCGGUGCUCCUGUUACUAGCUAUAUAAUUGAAGUCAUGGAUAAGGAUUCCGGCGAGUUUGUUAAGGCAGCCGAAACUGAUGGUCCAAUUUGCAAAGGUGUCGUAAAAAAACUGGAGGAAGGUCAACAAUACAAAUUCCGCGUCAGAGCCGUCAAUAAAGCUGGUCCUUCGGAGCCUUCCGAGCAAACAAAUUGGCAUAUUGCUAAACCACGUUUCCUUAAACCUCAUAUCGAUCGUACCAAUCUGAAGCCGGUUAUUGUGAAAGUGGGUCUUUCUAUUAGCUUAGAUAUUAAUAUAAAGGGUGAACCAGCGCCUAAAGUAGAAUGGUCUUUUAAUGACCAACCCUUGGUGUCCGAUGAAGAAGGAAUUAAAAUUGAUAAUGUCGACUAUAACACAAAAUUCUUUGUUAUGCGCGCCAAACGCCCCAUGUCUGGUAAAUAUACUAUCAAAGCUACCAAUGAGGUAGGUGAAGAUGUUGCUGAACUGGAUGUCACCGUACUGGGUAAACCAGGCAAACCUAAGGGUCCAUUACAGGUUAAUGAUAUUACCAAGCACGGCUGCAAACUCAAAUGGGAGAAACCUGAAGAUGAUGGCGGAGCUCCCAUUGAUUAUUAUGAAAUAGAAAAACUUGACCCACACACUGGUCAAUGGCUGCCUUGUGGUAAGAGCACAGAACCUGAAGCUAAGGUCAUUGGCUUGAGUGAGGGUAAACCUUACAAAUUCCGCGUAAGAGCUGUAAACAAGGAAGGUGAAUCAGAGGAUUUGGAAACUGAAAAGCCUAUUAUUGCUAAAAAUCCCUUCGACGAGCCAGACAAGCCUGGUCGUCCAGAACCCACCAACUGGGAUAAAGACUUUGUGGAUUUGGCCUGGGAUGCCCCCAAGAGCGAUGGUGGUGCUCCCAUACAGAAAUAUAUUAUACAAAUGCGCGACAAAUCGGGUAGAGCUUGGGUUGAUGCCGCCACUGUUCCGGGUGAUCACACCAAGGGCACUGUAACCAAUGUCGAAGAGGGUCAUGAGUAUGAAUUCCGUAUAGUGGCUGUUAAUAAAGCUGGUCCCAGUGAACCUAGUGAUGUUUCAAAAUCCGUUGUGGCCAAACCUCGAUUCCUUAAACCUCAUAUCGAUCGUAAAAAUUUGCAAAAGAAAACGCUACGCAGCGGCCAAAUGUUACAUAUGGAGGCUGUUGUCAAAGGUGAACCCCCGGCAAAGGUUACUUGGACCUAUAAUGGAGAGGUCCUCAAAACCACUGAUAGAAUUAAAAUCGAAAAUGAAGAUUAUAAAACCACCUUCAUCAUGCCUAAAGUUAAACGCGUCGAUAAGGGCAUUUAUAUUGUGACGGCGAAAAAUGAUUCUGGAACAGAUACCGUGGAAGUGGAGUUAGAAGUUUUAUGCAAACCCAGCAAGCCUAAAGGUCCUUUGGCUGUGUCCGAUGUUACAGCCGAAAGUGUGCACUUGAAGUGGGAUAAACCUGACGAUGAUGGUGGUGAACCCAUUGAACAUUAUGUUGUGGAACGUAUGGAUACAGAAACGGGUCGCUGGGUGCCAGUAUUGACCACCAAGUCUCCGGAAGCUGAUGUAACGGGCCUCACUGAGGGCAAAGAAUAUUUGUUCCGUGUUAAGGCUGUCAAUGCUGAAGGUGAAUCCGAGCCUUUGGUUACCGAUGUACCCACAACAGCCAAGAAUCCCUACGAUCCCGCUGAUACACCUGGCAAACCACAAAUUGUCGAUUGGUCUUCAAAUCAUGCUGAUCUAAAAUGGCGCGCCCCCGAGGAUGAUGGUGGUGCUCCCAUCACCGGUUAUAUUGUCGAAAAGAAAGACAAUAAUACGGGCAAGUGGCAAAAGGUGUUGGAGACCAACACACCCGAGCCGAAAGCUCGUAUCAACGAUUUGAUUGAGGGUACCAAAUAUCAAUUCCGCGUAAAGGCUGUUAACAAGGCCGGCCAAAGUAAACCUUCGGAACCUUCAGAUCAAAUGAUUGCCAAGGAUAGGUUUGCUCCACCCAAAAUCGAUCGCACCAAUAUUAAAGACAUCACGGUUAAAGCUGGAAAUCAUGUGCGUUACGAUAUUAAAGUGUCAGGAGAACCCCCAGCUACUAAGACCUGGUUCCACAAUAAAGCACGUCUAGAAGGCGACGAAGUUACUAUAGAUUUAGAGUCUUACCGUACUAAAUUGGCCAUACCUAUUGCCAAGCGUUCCCAUACCGGCAAAUAUACCCUUAAGGCAGAAAAUGAAUCCGGCCACGAUGAAGCUUCCUUUGAAAUCACAGUACUUGAUCGACCUGCAAAGCCCGAAGGACCUCUUCGCAUAUCCGACGUCCACAAAGAAGGCUGCAAACUUAAAUGGAAUCCUCCUUUGGAUGAUGGUGGUUUGCCCAUUGAACACUAUAUUGUGGAAAAAAUGGAUGUAGAAACUGGCCGCUGGUUACCAUCGGGCCGUUUCAAAGAACCUUUUGCUGAAUUGAACAAUUUAGUACCUGGACAAGAGUACAAAUUCCGUGUGUUGGCUGUUAACACUGAAGGAGAGUCGGAACCUUUGAAUGGUGAUAAGUCUAUUAUUGCCAAGAAUCCCUUCGAUGAGCCCGGAAAACCAGGUACUCCAGAAGCUGUUGACUGGGAUAAGGAUCAUGUGGAUCUGGUUUGGAAACCACCACACAACGAUGGUGGAUCUCCUAUAACUGGUUACACUGUCGAAAAACGUGAAAAGGGCACCGAUAAAUGGAUAAAGGCUGCCGAAAUUUCCGCACCAUUACCUGGUGACGAAUGCAAGGCAACUGUUCCCAAUUUGGAUGAAAAUUGUGAAUACGAAUUUAGAGUUAAGGCCAUUAAUGCAGCCGGACCUGGAGAACCUUCAGAUGCCAGCAAGACCGUAAUUACUAAACCACGUAAACUCGCACCCAAAAUCGAUAGACGUCAUAUUCGCACGUACAAUGUGAAAGCUGGAGAACCUAUUUGCUUAGAUAUUCAAGUGACCGGUGAACCAGCUCCAGAUGUUGUUUGGUCUCAAAGUGGAAAAUCCAUUCAACAAUCGUCCUCUCGUCGUAUUGACAAUGUUCCAUAUAAUACGAAAUACAUAAACGCAAAUCCAGAACGCAAAGAUACUGGUCUUUAUAAGAUUGUGGCCACUAACAAGUAUGGUCAGGAUCAAGUUGAAUUCCAAAUUAACAUUAUAACAAAACCGGCCAAGCCAGAGGGUCCAUUAGAAGUUUCGGAUAUUCACAAAGAAGGUUGCAAACUGAAAUGGAAGAAACCAAAAGACGAUGGCGGUGAACCUAUCGAGGGUUAUGUUAUUGAAAAGUUCGAUCCUGAUACUGGUAUAUGGUUGCCUUGUGGAAAAAGUGAUGUUCCUGAAUUUGAGGUCGAUGGCUUAACUCCAGGCCACGAGUACAAAUUCCGUGUUAAGGCGGUAAACAAAGAAGGUGAAUCGGAACCUUUAGAGACGUUUUCGUCUAUCGUUGCUAAAGAUCCCUUUACCACACCAUCGAAACCGGGAGCUCCCGAACCAACAGACUGGACGGCCAACAAAGUUGAAUUGGCAUGGCCCGAACCGGCUAGUGAUGGUGGCUCACCAAUUACUGGCUACAUAAUUGAGAAGAAGGAUAAGUACAGUCCAAUGUGGGAGAAAGCACUUGAAACGGAAUCGCCAGCACCAUUGGCCACCAUUAAUGGCUUGAUUGAAGGUAACGAAUAUCAGUUCCGUGUUAUAGCUGUCAAUAAAGCCGGUCAGUCGGAACCUUCUGAUGCUGGAAAGACAUUUGUGGCCAAGCCUCGUUAUUUGGCGCCUAAAAUCGAUAGGCGCAAUUUACGAAAUGUCACAAUUUCUGCUGGUUCAACAUUGAAAUUAGAUGCAAACAUUGUGGGCGAGCCAGCACCAAAGGUGGAAUGGAGAUUCUCCAACUGCCCAUUGCAAACUGGCAAUAAUGUUACAAUUGAUUCUCCAGAAUAUUAUACCAAAUUAGUUAUUCGUCCAGCACAACGUGCCGAUUCCGGUGAAUAUGUUGUUACGGCGACAAAUAGCUCGGGCAAGGAUUCCGUGCAAAUUAAUGUUGUGGUAACAGACAAACCAACCAAACCUAAGGGUCCUCUACAAAUUUCAGACGUUCAUAAAGAAGGCUGUCAUCUAAAAUGGAAGCGACCUGAAGAUGACGGUGGCACUCCUAUUGAAUACUUCCAAAUUGAUAAACUUGACCCAGAAACAGGAUGCUGGAUUCCUUGUUGUCGUUCUACAGAACCUCAAGCCGACGUCACUGGUCUCAAUCCAGGAGGUGAAUAUAAAUUCCGUGUCUCGGCCGUCAAUGCCGAAGGUGAAUCAGAACCUUUGGUGGGCGAUGAGUCAAUAAUUGCCAAAAAUCCAUUCGAUGAACCCGGAAAACCAGAAAACCUCAGACCAACUGAUUGGGAUAAAGAUCAUAUUGACUUGGCCUGGACUCCUCCACUUACCGACGGAGGAUCUCCCAUUACUGGUUAUAUUGUCGAAAAGAAGGAUAAAUAUGGUAAAUGGGAAAAGGCAGUUGAAGUGCCUGCUGAUGAAACAAAAGCCACAGUACCUGAUUUAAUUGAGGGUCAAGCAUACGAAUUCCGUGUCUCAGCUGUAAAUGCCGCUGGACCUGGAGAACCAUCUGAUGCUACCCAACCAAUUAUAGCCAAGCCUCGCAACAAAGCACCUCUCAUAGAUCGCUCCAAUCUCAUCGAAGUUCGCAUAAAAGCAGGACAAGCUUUUACAUUUGACUGCAAGGUAUCUGGAGAGCCGGCACCCAAAACCAAAUGGUUGCUUAAAAAACGUGAAGUUUAUACUAAGGAUAACGUGAAAGUAACACACGUUGAUUAUAACACAAAACUAAAGGUAACUAAUGCCACGCGUGCUGAUUCUGGUACAUAUACCGUGCAUGCAGAGAACAUGAGUGGCGAAGAUAGCGCAGAUGUCAAGGUUACAGUUAUUGAUAAACCUUCACCACCAAAUGGUCCAUUGAAGGUCGAUAAUGUACAUGCAGAAGGCUGUUCAUUACAUUGGAAUCCUCCAGAUGAUGAUGGUGGCCAACCAAUUGACAAUUAUGUCAUUGAAAAAUUGGACGAAAUAACAGGACGAUGGGUACCGGCUGGUGAAACUGAUGGUCCAACCACUAACUUCGAUGUUAAAGGUCUUACACCAGGCCACAAAUACAAGUUCCGAGUACGUGCCAAGAACCGCCAAGGUACUUCGGAUCCUUUGACCACUCCUCACGCUACUGAAGCUAAAAAUCCUUAUGGUGAGCCCACAAAACCAGGCACACCGGAAAUCAAGGACUUUGACACAGACUUUGUGGACUUGCAAUGGACUCGUCCCGAAAACGAUGGUGGCUCUCCCAUUACAGGCUAUGUAAUUGAGAAGCGCGAUAAAUAUUCACCCAACUGGGAACCCUGUGCAGAAGUUGAAGGUGAUGUCACUUCAGGCCAUGUACCUGAUUUAGUUGAAGGAGUUAAAUAUGAAUUCCGUGUUCGUGCCGUCAACAAGGCUGGUCCAGGAGAACCUAGUGAUGCUUCACUAUCACAUGUUGCUCGUCCUAAAAACUUACCUCCAAAGAUCGACCGUAACUUUAUGCUCGAUAUUAAAGUACGUGCCGGCAAUACUUUUGAAUUCGAUGUACCAGUAAUCGGUGAACCUGUUCCUGCAAAGGACUGGUCUCACGAAGGCAACAUUGUCAUCAACACAGAUCGCGUUAAGCUAGUCAGUGAAGAUUACCGCACCAAAUUGCGUGUGGUCGAUGCUAAGCGCGCUGACACUGGGGAAUACACAUUAGUAGCUCGAAACGUCAAUGGCAUAGAUAGAGCUACCGUUAAAGUUACUGUUUUAGAUGUACCUUCAACACCUGAAGGACCUCUACGUCCCGAAGAAGUUACAAAGAACUCAAUCACACUUCGUUGGCGUCCACCUAAAGAUGACGGUGGAUCUGAAAUUACACACUAUGUUGUGGAAAAAAUGGAUACUGAUGCCAUGAGAUGGAUACCAGUGGGUGAGUGUGCUGAUUGCGGAAUUCGAGCUGAUAAUCUAAUUGAAGGCCAUGACUACAACUUCCGCGUACGUGCCGUUAAUAAACAAGGUCAAUCACAACCUCUAGUAACCACCCAAGCUAUUACUGCCAAAGAUCCUUUCUCACGCCCAGAUAAACCAGGCCAACCGCAAGCCGUUGAUUGGGGCAAAAACUUUGUCGAUUUGGAAUGGCCAACGCCUAAACGUGAUGGUGGCUCUCCAAUAACUAGCUAUAUCAUAGAAAAGCGCCCUAAAUUUGGACAAUGGGAAAGGGCAUUGGAAGUCCCUGGAGGUGAGAAUAAAGCCCAUAUUCCUGAUUUAACCGAAGGCCAAGAAUAUGAAUUCCGGGUAGUUGCAGUCAACCGUGGUGGUCCUAGUGAUCCAUCUGAUCCUACUAUGCCCGUAGUUUGCAAACCUCGAUUCAUGGCUCCACACUUCGAUAAGUCGUUGCUUAAUGACAUUACUGUACAUGCUGGCAAAAGUCUGGGUUGGACAUUACCUAUUGAAGCCUCGCCUAGACCAACAAUUACAUGGAUGUUUAAUGGCAAAGAAAUUGAACCGUCACCUCGUGUCGAUAUGAACUUAUUCCAAAAUGAAUUAACGUUUGAAAUCUCAAGUGCAUUGCGUUCAGAUGAGGGCAGAUAUACCCUAGUUUUGAAAAACGAACAUGGUUCAUUUGACGCCACUGCUCAUGCCACCGUAUUGGACCGUCCUAGCCCUCCAAUUGGUCCAUUGGAUAUCACUAAAAUUACUCGUGAUGGCUGUCAUCUCACCUGGCAAGUACCUGAAGAUGAUGGUGGUUCACCUAUUUUACACUAUAUAAUAGAAAAAAUGGACUUGUCACGCGGUACUUGGUCAGAUGCUGGCAUGAGUACACAUCCUGUGCACGAUGUAACUCGUCUGGUACAUCGCAAAGAGUAUUUGUUCCGUGUCAAGGCUGUGAAUGCUAUUGGUGAGUCCGAACCAUUGGAAGCGGCCAAGAGUAUAAUUGCCAAAAACGAAUUCGAUGAACCGGAUGCACCUGGUAAACCUGUCGUUACUGACUGGGAUCGUGAUCACGUUGAUUUGCAAUGGGCUGAACCCAAAUCAAAUGGUGGCUCUCCUAUCACCGAGUACAUUAUACAAAAGAAAGAGAAGGGUAGCCCAUACUGGGUUAACGUGGUGCAUGCUCCACCAAACAAAACAACAGCAACAGUUCCCGACUUAACUGAUGGCCAAGAGUAUGAGUUCCGUGUUAUUGCAGUCAAUCAAGCUGGUCAAUCAGAACCAUCCGAGCCUUCGGAUAUGAUCACAGCUAAGGCCAGAUAUUUAGCUCCCAAAAUUAUUACACCAUUGCAUGAUAUUCGCAUUAAAGCAGGUCUCAUUUUCCAUAUUGAUAUCAAUUUCAUUGGCGAACCAGCGCCUGAAGUUAUUUGGAAUCUCAAUAACAAACCUCUAUCCAAUAAUGACCGCUCCACUAUAACCUCGAUCGGUUAUCACACUGUUGUUCAUACUGUUAAUUGUCAACGUAGUGAUUCAGGACGUUAUCACUUGUUAUUACGUAACGAUUCCGGAAUUGAUGAAGGUAGCUUUGAAUUGAUUGUUCUCGAUCGUCCUGGCCCACCAGUGGGUCCUAUGGAAUAUGAAGAAAUCACUGCCAAUUCUGUAACAAUUUCGUGGAAACCUCCUAAAGAUAAUGGAGGCUCGGAAAUUUCUGCUUAUGUUAUAGAGAAGCGUGAUUUGACACACGGGGGCGGCUGGGUACCAGCUGUGACCUAUGUUAACGCCAAAUACAAUCAUGCUGUAGUGCCACGCCUUUUGGAAGGCACGCAAUAUGAAUUCCGAGUAAUGGCAGAAAAUCUACAAGGACGCUCUGAUCCACUUACUUCUGAUGAACCAGUUAUUGCCAAGAAUCAAUACACCGUACCUGGAGCUCCUAGCAAGCCAGAACUUACUGAAAGCGAUAAGGAUCACAUAUCAAUUAAAUGGAAAGCUCCCAUUAGUAAUGGCGGUUCUGCGGUCAUUGGAUAUGACAUUGAAAGACGUGACGUGGCCACCGGACGCUGGCUAAAGAUUAAUGCUGAACCUGUACCAAACACCGUUUACACAGAUGAUCGCGUCACAUUUGACCACCAAUAUCAAUACCGUGUAUCGGCCGUAAAUGCUGCUGGAAACGGUAAAAAUUCAGAGCCCUCAAAUGUAUUGACAGCCAGAUCAAUGCGUGAAAAGCCACGUUUGAAUUUGGACGGUUUAAUCGGUCGCAAGAUUAAGGUGCGUGCCGGUGAACCAGUUAAUAUUAACAUACCCAUAUCGGGAGCUCCUACACCCACCAUAGAGUGGAAGCGUGGCAGUCUUAAGGUCCCAGAAAACAACCGGUUCUCAUUUAAUACAAAUUCUGAACGCACUAUUUUCCGCAUCGAUGAUACCACAAGAGACGAUGCUGCUGUCUACAAUAUUACGGCAUCAAAUGAGUUUGGUAAAGAAAGCGCAGACAUUGAAAUCAUUGUUGUUGAUAAGCCUACACCACCUGAGGGACCUCUAACCUACACAGAGACAGCUCCCGAUCAUAUUUCGCUUUCGUGGAACCCACCCAAGGAUAAUGGUGGUAGUGAUAUUACGGGCUAUGUUGUUGAACUAAGCGAAUUUGGUUCUGACAACUGGCGACCUGUGCCCGGCUAUUGUCCUAAACCCAGCUAUACCGUAAAGGGUCUAAGCGAGGGCAAGAAAUAUGUGUUCCGCGUUAGAGCUGAGAACAUCUAUGGUCUGUCUGAGCCCUUAGAUGGCAAACCCGUUGUGGCCAAAUCACCAUUCGAUCCUCCAGAUGCACCCAGUCAGCCUCAAGUGGUGGCAUAUUCACCUACUUCGGCCAGCUUAGAAUGGCAUCCACCAGAGUAUUGUGGUGGUAAACCAAUUACCGGCUAUAUUGUGGAACGUCGCGAACGUGGUGGUGAAUGGAUCAAGUGCAACAACUAUCCCACACCAAAUACCAGCUACACCGUGCCCGAUUUACAUGAAGGCGGACGUUAUGAGUUCCGCGUUUUAGCUGUCAAUGAAGCAGGACCCGGAAAACCUUCAAAGCCUUCAGAGCCCAUCACUGCCGAAUUACAAAGAUACAAACCUGAUCCACCAGAACCACCAAAGGCCGAUCGCAUUACUAAGGACAGUGUAACUCUGUCUUGGCGUCCUCCCAGAAAUGAUGGCAAAUCAAAGAUUAAGGGAUAUUUCUUGGAAAUUAGACCAAAGAAUUCCAAAAACUGGGAACCAGUUAACGAAUUACCCAUUAACCAUACCGUGCAUACCAUACCCAACUUGAAGGAAGGCGAAGAAUAUACUUUCCGUGUUUCUGCGGUCAAUGAAGUCGGUCGUUCGGAUCCCUCGAAACCAUCUCAACCAAUUGUUAUUGAGGAGCAAGCAAAUAAACCUUGCAUGGAUUUGGGAGGAGUGCGCGAUAUUAUUUGUCGUGCUGGUGAGGACUUCAGCAUUCAUGUUCCCUAUGUUGGUUUCCCCAAGCCCACCGCUCAUUGGUACGCCAACGAUAUUGUUUUAGGCGAUGAUGACCAACGUAUGUUCCAACGCCUAACAGACGAUUCAGCCUCGUUUAUUGUUAAAAACUCUAAACGCUCUGACUCUGGACAGUAUAGAUUACAGCUGAAAAAUCCUUCAGGUUUCGACACAGCCACUAUCAACGUUAAAGUUCUUGAUCGUCCAAAACCACCCACUAACUUGUGUGCUGACGAAUUUGCCGGUGAUGCCCUUACUUUGUAUUGGACCCCACCCAGAGAUGACGGCGGCUCACCCAUUACUAACUAUAUCAUCGAAAAGAAAGAAGCACAUUCAUCGACUUGGUCGAAGGUAAGCAGCUAUUGCACUGUACCUUUCGUUCGUAUACGCAAUCUGAAUAUUGGCAAGGAUUAUGACUUCCGUGUAAUUGCUGAAAAUAAAUACGGACAAUCGGAUGCAGCCACCACAGAUGAACAUAUUCGUGCAAGGCAUCCGUUCGAUGUUCCUAAUGCUCCGGGAGUACCUCGCGGCAUUGAUUCUACUGAAGAUAGCAUUACAAUUUCCUGGACCAAGCCCAGACAUGACGGUGGCUCUCCCAUUACCGGCUACAUCAUAGAGAAACGUUUGAUCAGUGAGGAGAAGUGGACUAAGGCUAUACAAUCAUUGUGUCCCAGCCUGACAUGCAAAAUUCCCAACCUUAUUGAAAAUGCUGAAUAUGAAUUUAGAGUGGCGGCAGUAAAUGCAGCUGGCCAAUCACCAUAUAGCGCAUCCAGUGAUCCUAUAUUCUGCCGCCGACCACCACAUGCACCCAAGAUUACCUCUGAUCUCUCAAUACGUGAUAUGACGGUCAUCGCUGGCGAAGAAUUCCAUAUAACUGUUCCUUUCCAUGCUAAUCCACGUCCCACGGCAUCGUGGUCGAUAAAUAACCAAGAAGUUAUACAAGACGAACAUAUCAAAUUCGAAACAACAGAGUACACUUCGAUCUACCACAAUAAGUGCGCCAAACGAUCAGAGACUGGUUCGUAUACUAUCACCCUGACCAAUAACAAGGGUUCAGAUUCUGCCUCUUGCUAUGUAACUGUGGUCGACAAACCGGGAAUUCCUCAAGGACCUUUGAUGGCCUCAGACAUUACUCCCGACACAUGUACACUGUCUUGGAAGACUCCAUUGGAUGAUGGUGGUUCACCGAUAACCAACUAUGUGGUGGAGAAACUUGACAACAGCGGCACCUGGGUAAAGGUUAGCAGCUUUGUACGUAACAUACACUACGAUGUUAUGGGUUUGGAACCAAAUCACAAGUAUCACUUCCGUGUUCGUGCUGAAAAUCAAUAUGGUCUUUCCGAACCCUUGGAAAUGGAGGAGCCUAUUACCGCCAAAUAUCAAUUCACCGUCCCCGAUGCGCCAGGACAGCCUAAAGUUAUAGACUGGGACUCGGGCAAUGUCACUUUGAUCUGGACUCGUCCAGGAAGUGAUGGUGGUUCCCGCAUACAAGGUUACCAAAUUGAAUAUCGUGACGUCGUUAACGACUCUGCUUGGAAUACUUAUGAAUUCUUGAUUAAGGACACAAAGUAUCAGCUGUAUAAUUUAACAAAUGGCUGUGAAUACGAGUUUAGAGUUAAGGCCAAAAACGCAGCUGGAUUUAGUAAGCCAUCAGCUCCAUCUACGCGAUUUAAGCUCAAGGGCAAAUUCACUGUUCCUUCACCACCGGGUACACCUCAAGUUGUUAAAGUGGGCAAAAACUACGUUGACCUAAAAUGGGAGAAACCUCAUAGCGAUGGUGGUUCCCGUAUUACUGGUUAUAUUGUGGAGCGUCGCGAUAUUGGUGGUGCCAUUUGGGUUAAAUGCAACGAUUACAAUGUCAUGGAUACUGAAUACACGGUUAUAAAUCUCAUUGAAAUGGGAGACUACGAAUUCCGUAUUUUCGCUGUCAAUGCUGCCGGUCGAUCCGAACCUAGUUCGUGUACAAUGCCCAUUAAGGUUUGUGAAGUGUUGGGUGGUGAAAAGCCCGAUUGGGUAUCGCGUCUUCAAGAUCGUGUUGCACCAUAUGGCAAAGAUUUCACUUUGCAAUGCCAAGCUACUGGCAAGCCUGCUCCUACAGCAAGAUGGUUGCGUAAUGGCAAAGAAAUUCAAAUGGGAUCUGGCCGUUAUACCUGUGAUAGUAAGGAUGGCAUCUUCCGUUUGCACAUCUCAAACGUACAGAAUGGAGAUGAGGGCGACUACACAUGUGAGGCCAUAAACUCGCUUGGUUUUGUGCAUACUUCGGGUUAUCUGAAAAUCGGUUCACCACCAGUCAUCCACAGAUGUCCAACAGAGUUGUUCUGGCCGGAAGGCGAUAACACCAAAGUUAAAAUCUUCUAUGGUGGUGAUCAGCCAAUGAAUGUUAAGAUUACACGUAACAAUGAAUUAAUUACGGACGGAGAACCACACUUCAAAUACACCAUUUUCGAUGACUAUGUGGCCAUAUUCAUUCGUGAUAUCGUCAAAUCAGAUGCUGGUGUAUAUCAAAUCGAAUUCUCAAACGACUCAGGAGUUGCUACGGCUCAAUUUGAUGCUCGCAUCACUGGCUUGCCCUCAGCACCAGUCGGACCUAUGGGUGUAUCUCACAUCAACAAACACUCCUGUACUCUGGCUUGGCGUCCACCCUCUUAUGAUGGUGGCCUUCGUGUUACUCACUAUGUGGUAGAACGCAAAGAUAUCACAUCUCCACAUUGGAUAACCGUAUCCAGCUUCUGCAAGGAUACCUCAUUCAAUGUUCAGGGUCUUAUUGAGAAUCAAGAGUACGUGUUCCGUGUUAUGGCUGUAAAUGAAAAUGGAAUGGGUCCAGCUCUGGAAGGACUUAAUCCAGUUAGAGCCAAGGCUCCAAUCGAUCCACCCUCUCCGCCAGGCGUACCUAAGGUUCAUGAAAUCGGAGAGGACUUUGUGCAUCUGGAAUGGGAUAAACCCGAAUCGGAUGGCGGUGCUCACAUUCAAGGCUAUUGGAUAGACAAGCGCGAGGUUGGUAGCAGCACAUGGCAACGUGUAAACGUUACCAUUUGCGCAGCCACCCAAAUUAAUUGUCCCAACCUAAUUGAGGGACGACAAUAUGAAUUCCGCGUAUUUGCACAGAAUGAAGCUGGGCUCUCCAAGGAGUCGGUAGCUUCAACCCCUGUCAAAAUGAUUGAUCCAAAGGCUGCCACAGCCCCUGUGAUUGUGAAACCGCUACGCGAUGCCCAGUGCAUACAAAAUCACAAUGCCCAAUUCAGUUGCACAAUUACCGGUGUGCCUAAACCCGUUAUCACCUGGUACAAGGGCGCACGUGAAAUUACGAACGGUGCCCGCUAUCAUAUGUACGCCGAAGGUGACAACUACUUCCUUAAUAUUAACGAUGUCUUUGGCGAGGACGCCGAUGAGUAUGUUUGCCGUGCUGUCAACAAAGCUGGGGCCAAGUCAACUCGCGCUGCUCUUGCUAUCGCAACUGCACCGAAAUUGAACGUUCCACCAAGAUUCCGUGACACUGCCUACUUCGACAAAGGUGAGAACGUUGUGGUUAAAAUUCCAUUCACUGGUUUCCCCAAACCUCGUAUUCAUUGGGUACGUGACGGCGAAAAUAUAGAAUCUGGUGGACACUACCACGUUGAGACCAAGGAACGUCACGCCAUAUUAACAAUUCGCGAUGGUUCUCGCUUGGAUUCAGGUCCUUAUAGAAUAACGGCCGAAAAUGAGUUGGGUUCCGAUACGGCCAUUAUUAAAAUUCAAAUUAGCGACCGUCCAGAUCCGCCACGAUUCCCUACCGUUGAGAGUAUUGGCAUCGAUUCGUUGUCGCUUAGUUGGAAGGCUCCAGUAUGGGAUGGUGGUAGUAACAUUACAAACUACUUGGUAGAAAAACGUGAACAUCCACUAUCAUCAUGGCUACGUGUGGGCAAUACUCGUUUCACCACUAUGGCUGUUACGGGAUUGACACCGGGCAAAGAGUAUGAAUUCCGCGUUUAUGCUGACAAUGUCUAUGGUCGCUCAGACCCUUCGGACGUAAGUACAUUAAUCAAAACCAAGGAUGCCAUUAAAAAGAAGCCCACAGAACGUAAAUGGGAAAUCGAUGCAAAUGGCAAGAAGGUGCGUGGCAAAGCCGAUGGACCCAUCAAGGAUUACGAUUCAUAUGUCUUUGAUAUAUACUCGAAAUAUGUUCCACAACCUGUGGAAAUUUCGCACUACAGUGUAUAUGAUAAAUAUGACAUUCUCGAGGAAAUCGGUACCGGUGCUUUUGGCGUAGUCCACAGAUGCCGCGAACGUAGCACUGGCAAUAUUUUCGCUGCCAAAUUCAUACCCGUCUCACAUGCUGUUGAAAAAGAUCUAAUUCGUCGUGAAAUCGACAUAAUGAAUCAACUACAUCAUCAGAAGUUAAUUAACUUGCACGACGCCUACGAGGACGAUGAUGAAAUGGUUUUAAUUUUGGAAUUUUUGUCUGGUGGAGAACUUUUCGAACGCAUUACCACCGAAGGUUAUCGCAUAACUGAAGCAGAAGUUAUUCACUAUAUGCGUCAAAUUUGCGAAGGUAUCAGACACAUGCAUGAAAAGAAUAUAAUUCAUUUGGAUAUCAAGCCAGAAAAUAUCAUGUGUCAAACCCAUACUAGUACAAAUGUAAAAUUAAUUGAUUUCGGACUGGCUACACGACUAGACCCCAAUGAGGUAGUCAAAAUAACAACAGGCACUGCAGAGUUUGCAGCACCAGAAAUAGUCAACCGUGAACCUGUCGGCUUCUACACAGACAUGUGGGCUACUGGAGUCUUAACAUAUGUCCUGCUUAGUGGUCUUUCACCAUUUGCCGGCGAUAACGAUAUCCAAACACUGAAAAAUGUGAAGGCUUGUGAUUGGGACUUUGACAUGCAGGCCUUCCGUCACAUUUCCGAGGAGGGUAAAGACUUUAUACGCAAAUUGCUGGUGGCUAACAAAGAGAAACGUAUGACUGCACAUGAGUGCCUGUUACAUCCCUGGCUAACCGGUGACCAUAGCGAUCUUACACAGCAAAUUGCACGCGAUCGUUAUCUAGCAUUCCGCGAUAAACUUCGCAAGAAGUACGAGGACUUUGGCAAAUACUUAUUGCCUAUUGGUCGCCUCUCGGAGUACUCUUCACUGCGUAAACUACUCAUGGAGAAAUACAAAAUUCAUGACACUUCCUUUGAUCGUCGUCAAGCAGCUCCUCGCUUUGUAAUACGCCCCUCAUCCCAAUUCUGUUACGAGGGACAAAGCGUUAAGUUCUACUGCCGUUGUAUAGCCAUUGCUACGCCCACACUCACCUGGACACACAACAAUGUAGAGCUGCGCCAAAGCGUCAAGUUUAUGAAGCGGUAUGCCGGCGAUGACUACUACUUUAUUAUUAAUCGUGUAAAACUCUCAGAUCGCGGUGAGUAUAUAAUCCGCGCCGAAAAUCACUAUGGAUCCCGCGAAGAAGUUGUUUUCCUAAACGUUCAACCACUGCCAAAGGAACAGCCUAGAUAUGUCCAUGAAUCGACACCUGUUCGCCGCCGUGAACCUCUGCCAUACACGUUCUGGCAAGAGGAAUCCGAAUCGGCUCCCAGUUUUACAUUCCUGUUACGCCCACGUGUUAUGCAGGCUCGUGAUACCUGCAAGCUUCUUUGCUGUCUCAGCGGAAAACCAGUUCCAACCGUGAAAUGGUACAAGGAUGGUCGCGAACUAAACAAAUACGAAUAUGCCAUGACUCAUUCGGACGGUGUGGUCACAAUGGAAAUCAUUGACUGUAAGCCUUCAGAUUCGGGUAAAUACACUUGCAAGGCUACAAAUUGCCAUGGAACUGAUGAAACCGAAUGUGUCGUCAUUGUAGAAGGAGAAUGGGUUACACCUGAGCAGGCAGAACUUGCUCAUAAUUUCUUAUAUUCAGGAGAUCGCAAAUAUAUUGAACAUCCUCUUAAACCAGUGCCACCACCAAUCAUAACUAGGACACAAUUUAGUUCCGCUUCACAUAAUUCAAGCUCAUUUUCUUCAUCGACAACACGACAGAAUGAGACUUCUUCCAGUUAUUCAUCAACCAAUCAAAACUACUCAUCCAGCAGCAACAAGACUGUCAAUAACAAUACAAGUUCCUAUUCAACGACAAACAAUAGCAUUUCUAACAAAAAGAAAUAUGCCGCCAGUAGCCUACAAACACCCGGAAGUCCCUCUAGAUCGCGUAGUGCCACUAAGGAAUUAAUACUGCCACCAGAUGAUUCUUUAAUGUGCAAGCCAGAAUUUACCAAGCCCUUGCAAGACAUGAGCAUACGCGAUGGCGAUCAAUUGGUAUUGACAUGCCAUGUGAAAGGUGAUCCCGAUCCACAAAUUACUUGGUCGAAAAAUGGUAAAUCUAUUGCAUCCUCCGACAUAAUGGACUUGAAAUACAAGAAUGGCAUUGCCACACUAACCAUACACGAAGUUUUCCCCGAAGAUGAAGGCGUUUACACAUGCACAGCCACAAACUCUAUUAGCGCUGUGGAAACCAAGUGUAAAUUGACUGUCAAACCUUUGGAUAAAAACUCUAGCAAACGUUUAAUUAGCAGCGAUAAGCCACCCAGAAUUGUAAGUCACUUGGAAUCGCGUUUCGUAAAAGACGGUGACAUGGUAACAUUGGCAUGCCGAAUUAUUGGAGCCGAAAACUUUGAUGUCGUAUGGCUACACAAUAACAAAGAAAUUAAGCCCAGCAAAGACUUCCAAUACACUCAGGAGGCAAACAUUUACAAACUACAAAUAGCCGAAAUCUUCCCCGAAGAUGCUGGUACUUAUACCUGCGAGGCUUUCAACAAUGCUGGUGAAUCCUACAGCACCUGCACCAUCAAUGUUAUUGUUCCAGGCGAAGAGCAAAAGCAGCCCUGUUUCGACAAAUUCCCCACCUCAGUAACGGUUCAAGAAGGUGAAACUGCUAAAUUCGAAUGUGAAACCCAAGAGGAACCUUUACAACUAACUUGGCUUAAGGAUGGCAAACAAGUAAAUGAAUCCAGCUCACGCUACACCUACACCAAGGAGGAUGGCAAUCGCUACACCUUCACUAUAAAACAAUGUACAAUGGAUGAUGUUGGUCAAUACCAAGCUAAAUCAAUUGGCAAAAAAGGUGAAACAUUUGCCGCUUUCUCCGUCAAUGUAUUUAGUACCGAAUCAUAAAUCAAACGAAUAACGAUUACUUAAUAUUAUUAUUAUUAUUGUAACUGUAAAUAUACAUACACACAUAUACAUGUAGUUUUUUAACCCAAACAAGAGAACGAAAUAACGGCGAUCAUAUUUAAGCUCUCACGUAAUUAGAUAAACAUACAUAUUUACAUUAUAUAUACAUAUAUACAUAUAUGCAUUUCUCUUGUUAAACAAAAACAAACAAACAAAUUCGCUCUCACAAUCUCUCCCUAUAGAGUUCUCUUUUUGUUAUUUAUUUAUAUAUAUAUAUAUAUAUGUACAUAUACAUAUAUAUUUUGAUUUAAUUUAUUAGUAUAAAUUUUAUAUUACUUUUGUAGUCAAAUUGUGUUAUAAAAACGCAUCAGCGCUUCUAUCAGUUAUCCUCCUUUAGCUGUUUUAUUUAACUGCUGAUUUUGAUUUGGUUUUCUUUUGGCUCUUUAUUAAGUGGCAUCCUCAACUCUAAAUAAAGAUACUCUCUCUAUAAAUGUUAUACAUACAACUAUAUAUCUCUCUCUCUCUGUUAAACAUGAACAUCUAUUUGCUAAAUCAAAUCAAAACAAAAUCUCAUAAAAAUCACUAAAGGAUACAACUGACACAUUUAAAGGAACAAGCGAAUAUUUAAUGUAUUAAAACGAAUAUUUAUAACAUUUUAUUUUGUUUUGCGUAUGGCGCAUUAAAUAUAAAAAAAUGUCUAAUAAAAUUUAAUAAAUACAA